AUGAAGAUCACCGCCUUCCUCACCGCCGCCCUCGCUAGCGCCGUCGCUGCCAGUGAUAGCGUCUACCUCGUAAACUCCUACAAGGGCAGCGAGAUUUCCAGCGGCAUAGCAUACUAUGCCGACGGCCAUCUUGCAACUGGAGGAUCCCGUCCCGAUGACUAUGUUGAUGUCACCCAUGGAAGUAACGUUAUCUGGGAAGGUAGAACAGUAAAGGGCACCUUCGGCAGUGGUGUAUCCUUCACUUCAAACAUCUUUGCGGAUGCAGGCAGCAAGCAGCCCUGGCGGUAA